AUAUAUAUAUAUAUAUAUAUAUAUAUAUAUUCCGAUUCCUUAAUUGACUUGGUAACUAUAUUUUUUUCUUCAUCCGUUUGCUAUUUAUUUAUAUAAGCAGCGUGUACUAUUUUUCAUCGACAAAGGGUUUUUCUAAAAUCAAAACUCCGAGGAAAAAGAAGAGGAUUCAAGCGUUAUGUCGACCAUGGACCCGAGAUUUGUAAAGGGAAUAUCUGGAAGGAAUCCAACCAUGAAAAUAUUACCCAUGCAUGUUGCUCUUCUGGUGGCCGCCCCUCAAUUGGAUAAUAAUCCCGAUUCCAAUCCCAAUCUUCUGAUUAAUCAGAAAAGCGGUAGAAGUAAAAGGGGAAGGACAAGCAUUGAGGUCUCCGUUGACAAUGGACUCGAAGUGUUGCUGUCUAAUGUCGGUGAAGACCUAUUGUCGGAGAUCUUUCUUAGACUCCCGAAUUGUCGAUCUGCUAUUCAGCUGAGCUCUGUUUGUCGGCGUUGGCAUGCUUUGAUCUCUCAACCCCAAUUCAUCCCUAGCUUCAUCCGCCUCCAUCAAGAUCGAGAUGAAUCCUACACCAUUCUUUUCCGCAUGAAUUAUCGUUAUUGUUUAGAGACCCGAGAGUACUAUCAGUUGGUUUGCACUCUUUUCUCGGAGGAAUCUUUGCUUAUCCACGGCGGAAAUCAUGCAUUAUUAUCAUCGUCUAGCUAUCUCGACUUUAUGCCUAAACUCAUGGUCGUAAAGGCAUCGUGCAAUGACUUGUUGCUCGUGACCCCUGAUAGCCGCUUUUAUAUGCCCUGUUAUAGUUCGAGGCAGAGGUACUACAUUUGUAACCCAGUGACUAAAAAGUGGUUCCCCAUUCCAAGUGAAUCCCCUCUUGGAACCAGGAUUGGUUUCGCACUGAUAUGCAACGAGCCCUCUCCUAAUGCUAGGUACUCAUACAAGGUGGUAUUUUUUGAUCGUUCGAUCUUGAUGGAUGAUUCGGGAGAAGCCAUUGCCGAAAACUACCAACUAGUAAUGUGGGUGUUUUGCUCCGAGUCGGUGCAAUGGACCAGAUCUUCCUUCUUGCUUCCUACUCGCCCAACAAUGGACCAUGCCGAAAAUGCCAAUGUCGUUUCGUGCAAUGGGAUUCUGUACUGGAUGGACGGUUUAUUUAACUUCGACCGCAUUGUUUCUUUAGAUUUGGCCGAGAAUCGGUGUGGCGUAAUCUAUUUCCCAGACAUUGUGCGUGACAACACCACUGUUGACACGCCCGACUCGAGGGUCCACAUUGGUGCUGUGAGGGAUGAGUUGAGGUUGUUGCACGUUUUGAGAACUCAAAAUGGGCCGGGCCCGAAAUGCUUCGUCAUGAGGGUUUGGGAAUUGGACCGUGGGGACGACACGUGGGCGUUGGUUGGUGAGAGGGAGUUGAAGUUCCCGGAUGCAGUUGCUGCUGAUGGUGACAGGAAUACGGUUGUUGCUGCCAUUUUUCACCCAAAAGAUUGUGACUCGAUUUUUGUCAUGUGCGGAAAGAGUGUUUACGAGUGUGGGGUUUCCAAGGACACGUGUCGCAAGCUCGGUGAGCUUCGGGAAUCCAUAGGCGACGAGGGUCUCGCGUCCUUUGUUCUCAUGCAUCCACCUUGGCCCACGCCAAUUCCGUUUGUGGAAAAUGGGUGUGGCACAUUGAGAGAUGAGAAAGUGUCGGCUCAAGAGUCGAUAGUGAAGAUAAAUGACGGUGGUGAAGUUGUUCAUACGUUUACUGUUUGGGAGGAGAACUGCGGUUGCAAUGGUGAGAGUUUGAAGGAUAAGUUAAAUGUUGCUCUCUUGAAAGCAUGUUGA